CUUUUAGGUAUCCACGAUCGUCAAUAGAUUAGUUCCCACAUUCCCAUCGCUACAAAUAAUCAACCCUAAAUACACAACCAUUCCUUCAAUGGAAUCAAAAUUCCAAUCUGGAAUUUCUCCGAGCAAUCCAAUAGGAUAAAACUGACAGAAAUCGACCAAUGAAGACAGAAAAAGUUCAUCCAUUGCUGAAGGGAAGCAGCAGCAAGAAGGGGAAAGGGGAAGGGAAAAAUGGAUCUUCAAGCUACACUCAUGGCCUCUCCCAAUCUCAGAUCGAAUCACUGUCGGCCAUUUAUCAGGCCUUCAUUCCUCGCCUCCCUUCCAAUUCAGCCGACAUCAUCACCACUGACAUUGAAGAUUUCUCCCAACAGGUGGCUGAAUUGAUGGCGGGGAGAUGCGUACCCCAAGCAGUUUCUGUAGUUCGUUUAGUGCUGAAGCUUUUGUCGAGCAGAGUUGGAACAUUGCUGGUUUGUGGGAUGAUUUGUUUCGACUGGAGAUGGCCAUUUUUGCAUAGGUUUUGUGAGCUUCCUUUGCAGAAAAGGGAAGCUGUUCUUCAGAAAUGGUCGAGGGAGACUUUCCUGUUGCCUCUCAGGAUAACUUUCUUGAUCCUCAAACUCAUUGGGUUCUAUGUGUUUUUCACUUUGACUGAUGAAAACUCAAGUAAUCCAGCUUGGGAAGCGAUUGGAUACAAUGUCGAGCCGAUCGAGAGAGAGGCGAAACCGGAAAAGGGAAGACCAUUAGAGAAAGGUAUAGUCGAGCUCAUGUACGAAAACACAUUAUCCUUAAAACAAUGCCUCGUCGAAAAGGGACUUUCUGUGGCUGAGGAUUCGAGCGAAAGCAUGUACAGAAUCAAAUGCGAUGUUGUGAUCGUCGGAUCAGGCUGUGGGGGAGGAGUCGCCGCAGCUGUUCUUGCUGAAUCGGGCAAGAAAGUCGUGGUCCUCGAGAAAGGUCAUUACUUCGUCGCGGAAGAUUACUCGGGUAUCGAAGGGCAUUCGAUGUCCAAACUUUACGAAUCAGGCGGGAUCCUAACGACACAAGACGGGAAAAUCAUGAUCCUUGCCGGGACAGCCGUCGGCGGGGGAUCAGCCGUAAACUGGUCUGCCUGCAUUCGAACGCCGCAGCACGUCCUCAAAGAAUGGUCAGACGAGAUCCCUCUAUUCGGCAGCCCAGAAUAUCAGUCUGCUAUGGAUACCGUCUGCGACAGGCUCGGCGUCAACGACGCUUGCGACAAGGAAGGGUUCCAGAAUCAAGUUCUCCGAAAAGGUUGCGAAAAUCUCGGUAUUGAAGUCGAUCCUGUCCCUAGAAACUCAUCUGCAGAUCAUUACUGUGGUUCUUGCUGCUAUGGCUGCAGAAGAGGAGAUAAAAAGGGGACCGAGACGACUUGGCUCGUCGAUGCUGUCAACAACGGCGCAGUGAUUGUAUCCGGGUGUAAAGCCGAACGUUUCGUUCUGGAGGGGGACGGCGAAGGCGGGAAGCAAUGCGUCGGAGUAAUUGCCGCUGCCGAAAACGAGGGUAUUACAAAGAAGCUGAUCAUCGAAGCACGGGCGACGAUUUCUGCCUGUGGCGCUCUACUAACGCCGCCGUUGUUGGUGUCGAGCGGUUUGGAGAACAGAAACAUCGGUAGGAACCUACAUCUUCAUCCGUCGACAUUUGCAUGGGGAUACUUCCCGGAAACAUCAACAGAAUUCACCGGCAAGAACUUCGAGGGCGGAAUCAUCACAUCCGUUCACAAGUUGCAGUCGGAUCAGGAUCAAGAUCAAGAACCAAGUUUUCGAGCUAUAGUCGAAGCUUCGUCGCUCGGGCCCGGAACAUUCGCCGCAAUGUGCCCAUGGAUGUCGACGCAAGACAUGACCAAUCGAAUGCUGAAAUACCCAAGAACCGUUGUUCUAUUUGCGCUGGCCAGGGAUCAAGGGUCGGGAUACGUAAAGGAACGAGGCCGCGUAAAAUACAGGCUAAGCAACGUCGACAAAGAGAAUCUGAAAACCGGGCUGAGGCAGACGCUGCGGAUUCUGAUCGCAGCCGGGGCGGAGGAAGUGGGGACGUUCAGGAGCGAUGGGCAGAGAAUCCAGUGCAACGGGAGGAAGGCGGCGGAGGUGGAGGAGUUCCUCGACAGCGUGGCGGCGGAGUCGGGGCCGCGAUCGAAAUCGGAGUGUUGGACAAUGUAUGGGUCUGCACAUCAGAUGGGGAGCUGCAGGAUGGGUAGGAACGAAGAAGAUGGUGGUGUGGAUGAGAAUGGAGAGUGUUGGGAAGUUAAGGAUUUGUAUGUGUGUGAUGGGAGUGUUCUUCCUAGUGCCAUUGGGGUCAAUCCAAUGAUCACUAUUCAGUCGACUGCUUACUGCAUUGCAAAGAGGCUAGCAAAUAAAAUCAUGAAUUGAAAAGAAAAUCGUAAUUUCUUGGCAAUAAUUUAUAUAA